AUGCCGCGCCGCGGUGGAGAGCUGGUCGGCCUUGUGACUAUCGCCGCCUGCGUGGUGUUGGUACCCACGGCCGCGGAUGAGGCGAAACGCGUCAACACGGGCUCUCCGGUGCACACCACUCUUGAAGGAAAUGCUGCCUGGUCCAUCGAGCUCGGCGGUGGGGUGAAGCAUGGGCCUCUGGACGACAGUCGGCUGGUGAACCUUUGCAGGGCCUUGGGGAGAUCUAUCUUGAGGGUGGGAGGCUCGAGCCAGGAUGAAGUGACGUAUGACUUCGGCUCUUCUCCGAAAGAGGGCUCCUUCGGCCCGGCAGAUAUCGACAAGGUUUUCACGUUCACGAAUGCGACGGGCUGGGACGUCGUGUGGGGGCUGAGCUACAUGAGUCGCCCCAACAAAACCGCCUCAGCUGCAGGCCCUGUCAACAUAGCACAGCUUGGCCAAGUUUUGCAGUACCACUUGGAGCACGAUCGGCCUCUUGGGUAUGAGCUCGGGAAUGAGCCAGAUCCGCACUGCCCAGAUCCCAGCAACCCAAAGUGCUCCGUGCCCGUGGCCCAGCACGUGCAGGAUGAUCUGCUGCUCUCUCAGCUCCUACAGUACACCUAUGCCUCGGCGGGUGUUGAAAGGGACCGUAUCCCGCUGGUGAUCGGACCUGACGCCGCUCACUGCUGCGACUACUUGGAGAACUUCUCUGCCGCUGCAGCGGCCGCGCAGUGGGAGCCCAGCGUUCUGACUUGGCAUCAUUACUACUUCAACAACUUGUCUCCAGUGUCCAAGUUUGUGGAUCCGAAGACGCUGGACUCUCUCCAGGCAUAUGCAAACUUGACAGUGGCCAUGCGGGACAAGUACACGCCCCACAGCAUGCUGUGGGUCGGGGAAAGUGCCAGCGCCUGGGGCGGGGGUGUACAUGCUGUCUCGGACCGUUUUGCCGCAAUCUUUACAGACUUGGACCAAGUCGCCAUGCUGUCGCGGCUGGGAUACAGCGGGGUUGUGCGACAAGGGCUGUUUGGUAGCGCAGGGUAUUCGGUCAUCUCCACUGCAAGCAAGGAGGGAUUUGUGCCCAACCCAUCAUACUGGGCCUACUUGGCGUACAAGCGGUUUAUGGGUGUUAGAGUGCUGGAUGCAGGGGAACUGGGAGGUUCCGUGCGGAGUUAUGCGCACUGCCACCCGACCACGGCUGGGGCCAUCAGCAUCAUGGUGCUCAAUGUUUCGCCGGACCCGAGCACUGUCAUGGUUCUGCUUUCGUCGGGUUCUUCUACAGGGCUUGAAAGCUCAUGGUCAGAGUACCACCUAAGAAUGCCACCCUCGGCCGGCGGCAACCUGACCACCCCGUACAUCGCAGUCAACGGUCACGUGAUGCAGGCCAACAAGGACGGCACGGUGCCGGACUUUGUGCCCAGGCCAGGGUCUGGCUCUGGGGUUGUGACUCUCGCACCCUACUCUGCCGCCUUCCUUGUUUCUGACCGGGCCCAGGCGAAGGCCUGCGGAGCCACAGUCCAGGGUGGAGUCCAGGGGUCGUCGGCAAAGCAGGCCGCAGUUCCCAGCUUGGUGCUGCUGUGA